UAGUGGAUUUACGACUAUGGAUGGGCAUAACUAUUUUAUGAUUGAAUAUGUAGGGUGGUUUAGAACAACUGCAAUAAAUAUUAGAACCAUAUAAAGUGGGAUGUUCAUCUUAGCUGAGCUGAAGUGUCGCCGGCUGAGAGAAAAGGGCCGGAGAAACGACGGAGAGAGAAAGUAUAGCGCGUUAUUGUUGCCAUGCUAUCCGUUCCCGUUUGUUGACGGGGGUAACUGCAAACUAGGCAAAUAUGUAUGGUCACACUGCAGUGCUUGGUGAAUCGUGUCAUGGGAGUGUCACAGUAGUGAAGGAUCAGAGGAGCGUGAGCUCACGGUGACCGUCACCCACCGGCGCACGUGGCGAUGUCCCCCUAACAAACCCAAAGUUAACUCGUCAGUAACGUGGAGUUCCUUACGUCACUCUCAGCUUCAACGGGUGAACUAAUGAACUAAUUGGACUACAAGUAUGCAAUUAAGGGGAAAAAAUAUGUGCAAAAUUGUUGGUGUUUGCAUUCAACAUGACCGCAAACUUAACACAAAUUGCAUAACAGCUGCGACAAACAAAACUAACAAGAAUCAGCGUCGGGCUUGACGAAUGCAUUGAUUCAGUUAUCAGUCUUAAUCACAUUUCAUGCAGGAUUAAAAAGAAACGUUAGCUUCUUAGUUAUUAAAACACUUUCUUCGUUAUGGCCUAAGCUUUGACAAGAAUGACAAACAACAGGAAAAAAUGUACAUUAGAAGGAAAAGCAGCAGUCCUGCUUUACAUAUUUACUUCGUCUAAUUUAUAAGCCACGUAAAGCGGCAUCCGAAGCUCCUCUAGCUAAGUAAAAAGGCACCUAAAGAUUUUAUAAUGAACAUGUGCCAGCAGGUGGCCCGAAAGGGGCGGCGAGCGCCCGCCUCGUGCCCAGCGCAGUCGGCUGAGAGCGUCGGCUUCGGACGCGGACGUGCGUUUGAUGGCAUGGAGGACAGCCAUCGCACUUCCUGCUUAAUGUGGGCGAGGACACAGCUGUUCAGCGUCUAGUAGCGCAGCAUCGCAUCAUAGCCGAGAGAAUCGCCCCGCUGUAUCGCGGCUGCACGGGCGGCUCUGGAGGGCACGUUUCGCGCGGCUGUUUGGUGCGGAGGAGCCGGGACUCGCCGGGAAUCUUGCGCGUGUUUUGCUCCGGAGCGGAGAAUCAAGCUGAUGUAUCGCUAAUAAAGACCUGGGAAGCUACUAAAAGGAUAUCAGACUCUCUUGAUUGGACGUGAAGCCUACUUUGACCCCAGAAAUUGAAGAUGAUGUUGCUAUGGAAACUGCUGGUGCUGUCCUCUUCGGUGGGGUGUCUCACAGACAGCGGUGGCCUGCAGAGCCUCGUCUUCAGCAAGCAGCCUGGCAGCAUCGUGUUUCCUGUGGACUCCGUGGAGAAGAACAGGGAGGUGACAUUCAGCUGCGAGGCCAGGGGGAAUCCCCCACCCUUUUACAGGUGGAAGCUGAAUGGUACAUUGAUCAAUCCUAAACCAGGGUCCCACUACAGCCUCUUGGGAGGGAACUUGCGAAUCAGUGAUCUGAACAAGGACGAGGACACCGGCACGUACCAGUGUCUCGCGUCAAAUUCCUUAGGGACCAUCGUCAGUCGAGAGGCCACUUUAACCUUUGCGUAUUUAGAAAACUUCAAGACUCACAGAAGAGGAACCGUGUCGGUGCGUGAAGGACAGGGCGUGGUACUGCUCUGUGGAAGCCCCGCCCACUCCGGAGAACUAACAUACUCCUGGAUCUUCAAUGAAUUUCCCUCGUUCGUGAAGCAGGACAAUCGUCGAUUCGUGUCACAGGAGACGGGGAACCUGUACAUUGCUAAGGUGGAACCGUCAGACGUGGGCAACUACACCUGCGUGGUGACCAACACAGUCACUAAGGGCCGCGUGCAGGGCCCCCCUACCCCCCUGGUGCUGCGCACAGAUGGCGUGAUGGGGGAAUAUGAGCCCAAGAUUGAAGUCCAGUUUCCGGAGAUUGUCCCCGUGGCCAAAGGAUCAACUGUGAAACUGGAGUGUUUUGCACUGGGAAACCCAGUGCCCAGCAUCAGCUGGAGAAGGGUGGACGGAGUCCCCUUUUCACGGAAGGUGGACCUGAACAGGGCCAGCGGUGCCCUGGAAAUACCCUACUUCCAGCAGGAGGACGCCGGCGCGUACGAAUGCCUGGCAGAGAACUCCAGGGGCAGGAACACUGUGAAAGGAAAGCUGACUUUCUACGCUCCUCCACACCUGUCAGAAAGACCCGAAGAUGUGCAGAAGUCCAUUGAUGACAGCCUGCUGUGGGAGUGCAAGGCCAGCGGGAAGCCCAAGCCCUCCUACCGCUGGCUGAAGAAUGGAGAACCUCUGGAGACCCUGGAGGAGAGAAUUCAAGUCAUAAACGGAGGUCUAUCAAUCAGCAGACUGAUGCAGACCGAUGCUGGGAUGUAUCAGUGCGUAGCCAGCAACAAGCACGGGGAGGUCUACAGCAACGCGGAGCUGCGGGUGAUCGCUGUCGCCCCAGAUUUUUCGCAAAACCUACUUAAGACGCACACCCUGGUGAGGGAGACUGGGGACGUGUUGAUCGAGUGCAGGCCAAAGAUGUCUCCCCGGGGAAUGAUAUCAUGGCGGAAAGGGAACGAGGCUCUCCGCGAGAGCAAAAGGAUUUCUGUGAUGGACAGUGGAAGUCUGCGGAUAACAAAUGUAUCUAAAUCAGAUGCAGGCAUCUACACGUGUGUUGCAAGAAACCAAUUUGGUGUGGCAAGCAGUACUGGGAGCCUAGUGGUGAAAGAGCCAACAAUUAUUACAACUCCACCAUCAACUUUGGACGUGACAUUAGGAGAAAGCAUUGUUCUUCCAUGUCAGGUGUCGCACGAUCCCUCACUGGAUCUGAAGUUCACCUGGUUCUUCAACGAACAAGUCAUCCACUUCGGAAGCCACGGCGGAUACUUUGAGAAAGUUGGCAGUCAUUCUUCAGGAGACAUCAUGAUCCGCAACAUCCAGCUACGGCAUGCUGGGAAAUACACCUGUGCUGUGCAGACCAAGGUGGACAGCAUCUCCAUUGCCACCGACUUGGUCGUCAGAGGUCCCCCGGGUCCGCCCGUGAGCAUCCAUGUGGAAGAGGUCUCUGAUAGCACAGCCACUCUCUCCUGGAGGCCAGGCCCGGACAACCAUAGCCCAAUUACCACGUACACCAUCCAGGCAAGAACACCAUUCUCGCUGGGCUGGCAGGCUGUCACCACAGCUCCCCAGGUGCUUGGAGGCCAGCGUCUGACGGCUACGGUGACAGACCUGAGUCCAUGGGUCGAGUCUGAGUUCCGAGUGCUGGCCAGCAAUGCUAUCGGGACAGGAGAACCUAGCAAGCCUUCCAAGAAAGCCAGAACAAAGGAAGCUCUUCCAAAGGUCACUCCUGCUAAUGUGAGUGGUGGUGGUGGCAGUCAUUCGGAGUUAGUCAUCACAUGGGAGCCCAUUCCUGAGGAGUUGCAGAGCGGUGGAGGCUUCGGUUACGUCGUGGCCUUCAGACCUUUUAGCACUCCUGGGUGGAUGCAGGCGGCCGUCACCUCGGGAGAAGCUUCCAGAUAUGUCUUUAAGAAUGAGAGCAUCCCCCCAUACUCUCCUUACCAAGUGAAAGUGGGCGUGUACAACAACAAGGGGGAGGGGCCUUUCAGCCCCAUAACCACCAUAUUCUCGGCUGAGGAAGAGCCAGACAAAGCACCUACCAGGAUCCGCGCCAGGAGUCUCUCUGCAUCUGAGGUGGAGGUCUCCUGGAAAGCCCUGCUUCUGAGCAAGAGGAGAGUCCUGGGCUAUGAGCUGAGAUACUGGGGCAAAAACGAAAAGGAGGAGACGGCCAACAUGCUGAGAACGGUGGGGAACAAGACGUCUGCCGUCAUCCAGGGGUUAAAGGGUAGCAGCAUGUAUUACAUCACCGUGAGAGCCUACAACACGGCAGGGACGGGGCCCGUCAGCAUCGCGGUCAACGUCACCACGAAGAAACCACCCCCGAGCCAAGCACCUCUGAAAGUCAUGUGGAAUGCAUCAAAUUCCAAGAUCAUCUUGAACUGGGAGCAUGUCAAAGCUCUUGAGAAUGAAUCAGAAGUUACUGGAUACAAAGUGCUAUAUAAGCGCAACAGGCACAGCAGGCCUGAUGUCAUGGAGACCAACACCACAUCAGUGGAGCUCUCCCUGCCUGUAGAUGAGGAAUACAUCAUCCAGAUCAAACCAUUCGGUGAAGGAGGAGAGGGGAGCAGCAGCCGGCAGAUCACCAUCCCCAGAAUAUCAGGUCCAAAAGCCAUCGGUUCAGCCUCCAAGGUAUCCACUUUAUCGGCCCUGAGUACAAUAGCACUGUCUUUCACAGCGAGGACAUCUUUAUGACGAACAAUAUCCGGAGAACUCUUCCGCUGACAAGGAGGCGACUUAAAGACCUUAAAAACAUAAGAAUAAAUAAAUAAAUAAACCUGAAAACGUAUGAGCGGCCACCAGCCACACUCCGUGGCGUAUAGAAGCUCAUUAGUGUAUGCUAUAGAAGCAGGAGGACACACCUGAAGAUAUGGAAUCCCGUGAGAAGUGCAGCAGGCCCCUCCCUUAAAGUGUCAUUCAAGAAGCGGGGGCGUCUGCGGAAGUCUUGAAUAUUGUUACCAAAGCAGCUUUCAUUAAAAGAGAAAAAAAAGUUCUUAUAUGCAUAUUUUGUAUCAGAUGCUGGGCUUUUUACAGAUUUCUUUAAACAUACUUACAGAUUUGCUCUGUUCCAGUAAAACUAGGAUGUACAGCAUAUAGGUGCAUGUCAAGUCCAAGAGGAACCAUUUCUUUCAUGGGAAAAGGAUAAACCUUUCUGUCUGGUUCAAAGAUCCCCUUCGACAUCUGAAGCCAUUGACAUUUGACGGCACGAGCGACACAUCUCCAGCCAUCUGUACAGCGGACACAGUGAGCAAAGGCCAGGAAUGCAGGGGCGAGAUUGAAGACCAUGAUCCAGCUGAAUCUCCGAGCACUGACGCGAACACGUCAUGUGGCACGUAGCACGCAUACGACAUGUGACGAACGAAUUCCAGACUGUCAAGCGGUCCGUCUUCACAUGAUGCCAUAGCUACGGGAACUGAGGAAGGAAAGGUGUCUCUCUGUUCUUGUUUGACCUCCAUCGCACACGGUGAGCCCACUUGGAAGAUUACACACCUUAAGAGGAUCUUCAUUCGUCGAAUUCGCCGCCCCGCCGUUCCUUAAGUGGGUUCCCGGUGCCCUUUCUAUGGUGUCACCCUCUCUGCUACUAGUCUGUUGUUAGAGCUUUAAAGCUCUUCCUUAUGUGUGUGCCUCAUAUGUUCCGAAUUCUCAGGUCUUUUAAGAGCCUUAAGUAAUAUCAUAUAGAUAUAUAUGUGUGUGUGUCUGUGUGUAUAUAAACAUUAAUGUACAUGCACACACAUGCAUAUAUAUGUAUAUAUAUAUAUGUGUGAGUGUAUGUAUAUUUAUAUAUAUAUAUAUACACACACACACACAUAUAUAUGCAUGUAUGUAUGUAUGUAUAUAAUGACACCACUAGUUCAUAUGGAUUGUAAAAGGUGACUAACUGUCAUGACCAUUGAGUUUAGGCAAUCAUUCUGCAAACAUCAUUCACAUCAUAUCACUCAUGAAGGGGGGUCUCUGUAUCAGUUUCGGUUAGUUUACAUGUGACCUGGACGUGCGGGAAGAUGCACUGGCUGAUCUUUAACAGGUGGAAUGUUGCCGAUGCCUCUUUUCAGUUAGUCCUCUGAUGCUAUGUAGAACUGCUACAGUACCGUAUGUAGCUUGUAAUCCAGUGAAAAAAAUGCAGGUAGUUCUUAGUCAAAAGGGACAUAUAGGUUAGUGGGUCUGUUCGAUACCUGGCAUUCAAUAAAUGUAUAGUAUCCUUUUUUGUAUUCUUCAGUUUCUUUAUAUUGAAAACACUUUCUUAUGGUCAGAUUGGUUUCUUUAUGAAAAAUCUGAAAUAAUGGUAAACAUUUCAUACUGUAGCUAAACGUUGUUCCGCAUGACAUUGUUGGCUCUAUCCGCAUCCUGAUGAAACAGCGUGCAACCAUCCAUCGCAGCCAUGGUAACUGCAGCGUGUAACCAUCCAUCGCAGCCAUGGUAACUGCAGCGUGUAACCAUCCAUCGCAGCCAUGGUAACUGCAGCUUGCAACCAUCCAUCACAUAACUUCCUUCCUUAAACCAGUUCUCACCACUAACGGGUCACAUUCUUUAAAAUCUCCUGGUCUUUCCAAACAAAUCAGUUUUAUGUGUGUUGUUGUCCUUGUUGUUGGUUGUUUAUACUGAGUUAAUAAAUAAAUUUAAUUUAUAAA